GCAGCAGUCUGCCAUGUCCAUUGAAAGCUGCAUCUCUGUAUUUCUUGAUCACCCAAAUUUUACAACUUUUCGCUUCUUCUUCGUGGGCUAACUUUACUUUCCUGCCCUCUUGCUUAAUGGACCUGUACAGUCGAGCCUUAGUCCAUUUUACUUGAGUUUUCUAGUCGGGCCUUGAAUCUUAGAUCCUUCUGGAAGGGUCUGUAAAGGCCCGUGGGCCAAUUUCCCGUCCGUCGGAAUGAUUUCCUUGCAACCGCCGCGCAGGUGGCGCAGAUCACAUCAUCGACGCUUCACAGUUCAGACUCGCCCCUUUCCAACGUUGAUUAACCCAAAUCCAUCAGAAGCUCAUAGUUGGAAAUAAAUGGAUUCUUUGCAAGGGUUCGGGUUUUUGUUCCGUAAAUAGAAGAAUGCCCUUCUCCACAUUCCAGGGGAAGCAGUCAAAUGUCAAGCUCUUCUCUAUACCUGGUAAGUAUCUCGCUCGCCUCUUCUUUUCCAGGACGCUCGCCGCUGCCCAUGGAAAUUCUCAACCCCAAAUUUCCCCUCCCCACGACGCUACUCCUGAUGUUUCUGCUCCUCCAAUUUCUGAUUCAAUAUUCAGAGGUGCACGGACGCUGGGUUCUUAUAGGCAGGGAGACUCCACAUUCUACUCCCUUAUCGAUUUUCAUGCCGGCUCCGGGGAUUUCAGGUCCUUGGAGAUGGUUUUCGAACGGAUGAAACGGGAAAAUAGAGUUCUUAUUGAGAAGAAUUUCAUAGUAGUUUUCAGAGCUUAUGGGAAAGCCCAUUUGCCGCAUAAAGCUAUUGAUUUAUUUCAUAGAAUGGUGCCUGAGUUUCAAUGUAAGCAAACAGUGAGGUCUUUCAACUCAGUUCUUAGCGUGUUGAUUCGAGGAGGCUUAUACCAAAGGGCUUUGGAGUUCUAUGAUUAUGUCAAGUACAAUAGAAGAAAUAUUUCUGCAAAUGGUUUGACAUUUAAUUUAGUGAUCAAAGCGCUGUGUAAGUUGCAUUUAAUCGGCCGGGCAGUAGAUUUGUUCCGGGAAAUGCCCGGCUUUGGAUGUAAGCCGGAUGCAUACACUUACUGCACAUUGAUGGAUGGAUUGUGUAAAGAGGAUAGGAUGGAGGAUGCUUUGUGCUUGUUGGAUGAGAUGCAAAUUGAGGGCUGUGACCCGAGUGUGGCGACGUUUAAUGUGUUGAUUAGUGGGCUUUGCAAGAAGGGUUACUUGUCCCGGGCAUCCAAGCUAGUUGACAAUAUGUUUCUGAAAGGCUGUGCUCCGAAUGAAGUGACUUACAACACACUCAUACAUGGGCUGUGCCUCAAAGGAAAGCUUGACAAGGCAGUUAGUCUUUUGAGCCGAAUGUUGUCUGAUAAACUCAUUCCGAAUGAAGUUACAUACGGGACCAUGAUGUACGGGCUUGCUAAGAAUUGUAAGUCUAUUGAUGGUGUGCAUAUAUUGGAAUCAUUGGAGGAAAGGGGGUACAAAGCAAAUGAGUAUGUAUACUCAGCACUUAUAGGUGGAUUGUUUAGGGAGGGAAAAUCUGAAGAGGCGAUAAAAUUGUGGGAUAGGAUGAUCCAAAAGGGGUGCAAGCCCAAUACUGUUGUUUAUAGUACUCUCAUAGAUGGUUUGUGUCGAGAAGGGAAGCCUUAUGUAGCUGAAGAAUUUUUUAUGAAAAUGAUUGCUUCAGGUUGCAUGCCAAAUGCUUUCACUUACAGCUCUCUAAUGAAGGGUUUCUUUCAGGCUGGAAGCGCAGCUAAGGCAAUUCUUUUAUGGAAAGAGAGGGCUCAGAAGGAUUGCCCAGAUGACGAGGUUUGUUACAGUGUGGUUAUUCAUGGCCUAUGUGAGGAAGGGAAUGUGAAAGAUGCCCUUGCAAUAUGGAAGCGCAUCCUGGCGAAAGGUUUGGCACCUGAUGCUGUGGCUUAUACAUCCAUGAUCCAAGGUCUGUGUAAUGCUCGACUUACAAAACAGGGGUUAAGCUUAUAUACUGAGAUGCGAUAUAAAUACUGUAAUGCCAAACCUGAUGUAUUCACCUACAACAUACUUAUUAAAGCUUUGUGCAAAGAGGGCAAUAUAAGCCAUGCUAUUGAUAUGUUAAAUGACAUGUUAAACGAAGGGUGUGAUCCUGAUUCUGUUACAUGUCAAAUAUUCUUGAGAACAUUGAAGGAGAAGCUUGAUCCUCCACAAGAUGGUAGAGAUUUUUUAGAUGAGCUUGUGCUAAGGCUGUACAGGCGACAAAUGAUAGCUGGGGCAUGCAAAAUUAUAGGAGUGAUGCUUGAAAGUUAUCUUUGCCCAAAGCCCUCCACUUGGGAAAAAGUGGUACGGGAGCUCUGUAGGCCAAAGAAAGUUCGAGCAGUCAUUGACAAAUGUUGGGGUGAAUUAUUCUUAUGACAUAACAAGGGCUGAGAUUUCUUUACAUAGUGUGAAUUAAUUUUUUGACUAGUUAUUUAUAUUAUUAAUAAAUUUAUUUUCUUGCUUUAUAUGAAUUUCUUGUUUAUGAUUACUAAAAAGACUCUUAUGAAAACUUAUAUUACUUUUGCUU